CUGUCCGUGGUCAAGGCGUUGAUCAGCCGGUGCCUCUUCGUCCUGCACGGACUCAUCUGCAUCUGGCGCGUCACGGUGGUCAAGCGAGGAGCCGUCUACUGGGCACUGAGCGCCACGCUCCCCCUGCUGGGGGCAGAGGCCUUUUACACGCUGUGCAAGAAGAAAGGGCGCGAGUGGAAGUGGUAAGUCAUGCGUGGAAGCGGUAAGUCAUGCGUGGAAGUGGUAAGUCAUGAGUGGAAAUGGUAAGUUAUGUUUAGAACUGGUAAGUCAUGCGUAGAAGUGGUAAGUCAUGCCUUUUUUAUAUAAAUAUAUCUGGCAUAUUCAGGCUUUAAAUGAUUUAUUAUUUUAUUAGAGGAAAAAUCAAUAGAGCAUAGAAAUAGCUGAAACGUGACGGAGCGUAACUCUUGAACGGCAAAUCACGAAGAAUCGCGUUCCCGGGGUUCGUGCCCCACCAACGUAUAUCUUUAGUGUGGACCCCGGCCCGAAGCGACACCCCAAAACUGAUUUGUUCGCCCGCUUCACAGUCCGGCUAAAAGCACCGCGACGUAAAUUCGGGAUACACUUCGUAAAAAUUUGCCUGCCGGGAAAACCCACGGGGCAGGAUACUAUCAACCGAUGCACGAUGUUUUAGUAUCAAACAGAAAUGGGAGAUAGUGCUGAGUAAUUUGGGCCCACAUCUUGAAGGGUCAUUCUCUUCCGAUGCCAAGAAAUGCCUUCAAAAACUUUAUGUAAUGAAGUCAAUAUUUGUUGUUUAGUCCAUUUUUUUGGAAGACAUUAUAAAAUAGACGUAUCAUGAUGUCCAUGUUUGCUGGCUUCUUGACGAUGCCAGAUCAUUCAGGAAUUUAUUUUUAUUCAUCUGUCAGUUGUUAUGACAUUCUAAGUCAUGUACGAAUUAUUAAGAAUUAUACCAAGGGAAGAGGAAAACACGAAGAAGGACACUGCACUUUCUCACAGCACUCCACUUUGUCUUCUGAGACACCGCGCGUUUCUUGUGCAAAUCCUAAUUUCUGUCUCAUUGUUAUUUGUAUCCUUCUAUUAAAAACAGCAGCGAAAACAUCCCACCCCAUGUCUCGCUCCCAGGUGCUGGAUUUUUUCCAUGCGACGCUAACUUAAUAAAAAAUCCACUUUCAACACUGGAAUCAUGUGGAAUAUUUUAAGCCAGUUCUACACCGUCCCACCCCAUCGUCCCACCCCAUCCCUCCCUCACUACUUCUGCAACACAAUUUACAACCUCCCAGGGUGUGCCCUAGCGUAGUGCUGUAUUUGGCGACCGCCAUUCCGGCCAUCUGGUUCCUUGAGCUGGACUUGAUGGCCCAGAGGCUGAUGCUGCACAGCGUGGUCAAGCGUCCGGUACACAACUCUACAAAGACGGUGUUCGUGCUCAACGGCAAAGUGGUCAGUGAUGUCAUUAUUGUGUGGUGUCAGUGGUGUUCAUUAUUGUAUGGUGUCAGUGGUGUCAUUAUUGUGUGGUGUCAGUGGUGUCAUUAUUGUGUGGUGUCAGCGGUGUCAUUAUUGUGUGGUGUCAGUGGUGUCAUUAUUGUAUGGUGUCAGUUGUGAAUGCUAACGGCAAAGUGGUUAGUGGUGUCAUUAUUGUGUGGUGCCAGUGGUGAAUGUUAGAAGCAAAGUCGUUAGUGGUGUCAUUAUUGUGUGGUGUUACUGGUAAAUGUUAUAUGUUGUGAGUAUAUUUACAUUAACGGGUAAGGGGAGGGUAGAGGCACUUGGCCAAGUUUGUUAAAAUUACCCAUUUCGGUUCUUGCAUUAAGAAUAAACAUUUAAUAAGCUACGAAUUGAAUCUCCACUUCUGACCAUGUUACUGAUGGUCACACAGGAAACUGUUUUCAUAUAGAUAAUAUAUAUAUAUAUAUACAUUGAAAUUUCUAAAACUUUUCUUUAAAAAUUCAAUUUUGAAAUGCGAAAGAGCUCUAUUAUUUGAUCACCAUUAAACUCUGUUAUUAUCAGUUUGGAUUUUGCUCCCCCCCCCCCAUCCCGAAAACUUAAUAAUACUUGAUAUGGUCAACUUGGAUUUUCUACAGACAUGGAAUACAAAAGUCUAUCAUUUAGAUAAUAGUUUAUUCUAAAAUUGUCAGACUUAUUUCCCUUUUCCUUCAUUUAGGGGGGGGGGGGGGGGGGGGGGGGGAGGGCUUGUUUUUUGACUCCCUCAUUAGAUCACGAGGUCCAGAGGUCUCUUCUGGGAGCCACUGUGUAAAUUCCACAGCUUUUAAUUCCCUCAGAUCAACCUCAACAUCUCGCUUGGCGCCGAGGAGUGGUGCAAGAUACUGGAGCAGAUGCUGCUUCUCAUUCUCAUCGUGGGGCGGUGGCUCCUCCCCAAGGGGGAGAUCACCAGGGAGCAGCUGUCGCAGCUCCUCCUGGUUUACAUCGGGAUGGCCGCUGACAUCAUCGAGCUGUUCGAGGCUUUUAAGGUCAGUGGGUGCAUGCCAUGUAUAGACUCUGUUAUGGUUUCAUGGGCGCCCGCAGAAAACUUUCUAGGGGGGGGGGGGGCAAAAAAUCAAUUGAUUAUGUUUUUAUAGGUGAUCAAUUUUUUAGUAAUUUUUAAUGUAGUUUUAAUUUACUGUAGCGUAUUUGUAUGGUGAACGAACGGACAGGACACCAGCUUAGUUACUUUCUCUUUAUUUUCUCUUUACUUUAAUACAUUUUUUGUCUAUUUUUGUCUAAAAAUUUUUUAUCCAAUCAAUUUUUUUAUCCAAUCAACCCCGAGGGUGGGGGCAAGUGCCCCCCUUGCCCCCCUGCGGGCGCCCAUGUAUGGCUUGUACUGUCUCUCUAGUGUCGGGCAGCUCGUCUGCCAAGCUAAGUAAACCUCACAAUUGGAACGUGCCUCAAAAUUAAAUCUCGGAAUCCCCGUCAUGAGAAUGUAAUUAAACGUUUUUUUCCGGGAGAAUUUUUUUUUUAAAUUAAAAAAAUUGCUGUGAAAUUGGUUAAAUCUGACGCAAAAAACCGGAAUAAGUUAUUAGGAUUUCCCGUGAACAAUUUGAACAAAGGGCGUGUACAAGAUAUAUAUAGGUACUUUUUAUACCCGGUAAAUUGUGUCGUUAAAGAACACAAGAGGGGGGUGGGGGGAUUGCGAGGAGAAAGUACUCCAAAAUAUUUAAAGUAUACUUAGCCCCUUCGUUACAGUAAUUACCCCUUGACCUCCACACACACACACACACACACACAAAUAUAUCGUAUUGCAUCCAACGCAGGACACUUGAUAUCUUUUUAUUGUAUUUUCAUUACAUACUUUGUUAAGUAAAUUGCUGUAAGUUUGUUGUUUUUUUUCUGUCGACGCCCUUUAAAGUUAUGGCGUGUAAUCAACGUUCAUAAUUCUCUUGGUAACAUUCGACUAAGGCGAUUAACGCUUCCACUAGAUUAAGAAAUAAAUUCCAGAAAUGAGAUUCGUAAUGACAAAUAGCGCAAGUGUGUCUGGUGCCUAAUGCUUUUUUUUAAAAUUUAAACGAUGAAGUCUCAAAAUAAAUAUCGUGUUGAAAAUCUUCGGUAUAAUAGGUGAUUGCGAAAUAUAAUGUAAAUAUAGUUCAGGGGAAGCUGUGUAUUAGCAGGAAAAAGGGGGGGGGGUGGGGUUGGGAGAGGAGUGUGUAGCACUAACUGGGAAUCUUAUAAAGUGCGUUACUUGAAUGAAUGUUUAGUCAAGUCAUUUUAGUCGAUGGGAAGUUCACGCAUUGUGGCUACCAUUGUUUACCGGGAUAAAGGUAAUUGUUUUUUUUAAUAAUUUUUUUUUGGUGUUGUUUUAAAAAAAUUAAAAUAUGUUUGUGUAUGUUGGCUAAAUGUCUGAUAAUUUGUGACGGUGUCAGGUAUAACUUAAUAAUUUUAAGUUCGCUUUGACCUGCGCUAUAACACAUGGUGUAAAAAUUAGCAAAAUUGCAAAAAGACAUCAAUUCACCUCGAUAUCAGGUUUUCCGUUCGUAAAAUUACUGAGUCACAAAAACGAGUAGGCUACAAAUAUUUUAUGCCUCAGCUUGUCCACUUUCACUUAAAAACCACCAUAUUUUUGUGUAAACACACAACUUUGUAAGUUGGUACAGAUCAUAAUUUGUAGAAUGAAAAGCUUGUGAUUGUUGCUUUGUGGCCAGGAGAACACGGUCCGUGAGAACAAACUGCUGACCAUCGUCAUCCUGGCCCUGUGGACAGCCAGCCUCGUCCAGUUCACGUUUGUCGUAACUGCUACUAAAUCUAAGAAGUCCAGGGCAUCCGUUGCACUUCCGGUCAACAGUGAAGGCUGUUGCCCUGUUGAGGUAGUUUUUUUAAAUUUUUUAGUCCAUUUAGGAUGGUAUUUGCAUUAUUAUUUAGAUGGUGAUGAUAAUAUUAAUUUGAAUACUGAUAUAUUUCCGGUUGCUUGCAGCAAUAACUGUUGUUGUCUUAAAAAAAUAUUCUGAACACUAUUUGAUGAGAAGCGCUUUUGAACCUCAACAUUAUCAUCAUCAGUGGCACUACACCAUGUGUAGAGCCCUGGCCAGCUCUAUCACAUUCUUCCAUUCAAACACCAUCAUCAGUGGUGCUACAGCCCAUGUAGGCUCCCGACCUGCUCCACCACAAUCUUCCUCUGAAACACCAUCAUCAUUGACUCCACAGCCCAUGUAGGAUCCCGACAUGCUCCACCACAGUCUUCCUCUGAAACACCAUCAUCAUUGACUCCACAGUCUAUGUAGGGCCCUGACCUGCUCCACCACAGUCUUCCAUUCAGAUCGAUCCAUGGCUUUUUGCCUCCAUGCGCAACCCCUCCCCCUCCACACCUUUUGUAAAGGCAUCUCCACGUUGUCAGUCCAUCUCAAUAUUGGUUGACCGGCGAGCCGUCUGCCGCUAAGUUUAUUGUCUGUUGAUUACAUGUGUUGCUCUACAACACGACAUCCUCUCAAGCAAGUCUCAAGCAAGUCUCAAGCAAGUCUCAAGCAAGUCUCAAGCAAGUCUCAAGCAUGUCUCAAGCAAGUCUCAAGCAAGUCUCAAGCAAGUUUCAAGGUGUACUGUCAAGCACAGGAAUUUGGAGCUUAGCUUAAAUUUUGUCAUUAGCAAAUGUUCACCACGCGUUGCAAUUUAAUAUGACCGGAACUAUCCACUCAAGCCAUGAGGAGUUAAACACCCAGAGAAGGAAGAGGAAGGGAGAUCCUUAUAUUAAUAUCAAGGCUGGUGAUGUCUUUCAAUGUAGACCUCAUAGCUGCCCUCCUCUAUUUUUGUGUUGUGUUUUCCCCAGGUGAUCUCCAUAUUUAUCAGCGUCUCCCUCCAGGACGCCCCGUUCUUGGUGCUGCGCUUGCUGCUCAUCUUCCGCUACGACGUCCUCAGCUACACCAACAUCUUCUUCACCUGCAAGAACACUCUUGUCCUAGUUCUACAGGUAGGUUUCGCGGUUCGGUGUGUAUUCUAAUAAUGGAACAGCUAGUUGUCUAUACUUGAACCUCUGGUUGGCUCUGUCAUUUGGACGGUCAACGUAACAUUUAUUUAAAAAAACAUAUUGUUUUAAAAAAAAUGCGCACACAAAAUUUAUCGUAUUAUAAAUCAUAUUUUAGUCUGUUGAUUGGCAAAACGUCCAUGUCGUAUAUUUGUUAGAGCAAUUCUUAUUUGAAGACCAGGAAGUGGGUCGCUCAAAUGAGGCAAAAAUAUUCACAGCCCAGCAUAUUGUUUGUUUUUUCUUCCCCACACCCACGUGAGAAAGUAAUGGGAGGGCGUGGUCCAGAUUUUUAAUAGGAAUGUGCAUGAUACUCCCCCUCUCUACUUUUCCCACUCUCUCUCUCUUAUUCCCAUUCUCUCUCUGAUUUCCCCCUCUCUAUCACUCCAAAUGUCUCUCCCUGCCUCUCAACCCCCUCUCUCCCCCUUCUAUCAGUCUCUAUCUCUCCCCCUCUUUCUCUUACUCCAUCUCCCUCUCUCUCCCCCUCUCUCUCCCCCUCUCUCUCCCCCUCUCUCUCUCUCUUUCCCCUCUACCCCUCUCUAUCACUCCCAAUGUCUCUCCCUGCCUCUCAACCCCCUCUCUCCCCCUUCUAUCAGUCUCUAUCUCUCCCCCUCUUUCUCUUACUCCCUCUCCCUCUCUCUCCCCCUCUCUCUCCCCCUCUCUCUCCCCCUCUCUCUCUCUCUUUCCCCUCUUAUCUCUUUUUCCACCUCUCUAUGUCUCCUCUCUCUCAUCCCUCUCCCCUUUUAUCUCUCUCCUCCUUUAUCUCCUAUUCAUACACUAAAAUUUCUACAACGUAACAUUAGUGUAUAUUUCAAGCUUCUUAUUUCAGAUGUAUCGCCUCUAUGUCCUGUUUACAGAGCGCCCCAAGGAGCAGCUCUUGCCCCUGCCCUCUCCUACCCCACCACAGUCCAGGUAUUUGGACACAGUGCGAGACGUGUACCCGUCCUCUAGUUCCUUUGGCGACUCCUCGGUAUCAGGUAAAUCUGUCAGUAGAUAGUCUCAUGUAAAUUUGUCAGUAGAUAGUCUCAGGUAAAUCUGUCAAUAGAUAGUCUCAUGUAAAUUUGUCAGUAGAUAGUCUCAGGUAAAUCUGUCAGUAGAUAGUCUCAGGUAAAUCUGUCAGUAGAUAGUCUCAGGUAAAUCUGUCAGUAGAUAGUCUCAGGUAAAUCUGUCAGUAGGUAGUCUCAGGUAAAUCUGUCAGUAGAUAGUCUCAGGUAAAUCUGUCAGUAGAUAGUCUCAGGUAAAUCUGUCAGUAGAUAGUCUCAUGUAAAUCUGUCAGUUGAUAGUCUCAGGUAAAUCUGUCUGUAGUCAGUCACAGGCAAAUCUGUCAGUAGAUAGUCUCAGGUAAAUCUGUCAGUAGAUAGUCUCAGGUAAAUCUGUCAGUAGAUAGUCGCAGGUAAUUCUUUUAGUAGUCAGUCUCAGGUAAUCCUUUCAGUAGUCAGAAUCGGGUAAUUUUUUCAGUAGUCAAUCUCAGGUAACUGUUUGCGCGCUAGGGACCGUAGCAAUCCUACUUUUCUGUCUACGUUCACGCAGGGAAUCGUUGACCCGUGUGGUUUGUGGACGGGUAGACUUUCAACUUGGAAGUAUAUACUUUUAAUGUUUACUGUACAGGAAGUUGCUCUGAGGACGACCCUAUAAGGAAGAGAAGCAAAGACAGAAAGAGAAGACAACUUAUCAGGCAGAUGACUGCAGAGAGUGCAAAAACCUUCAGCAGCAGUGUGGACUUCGACACUGUCUACAGGUGAGUCAUCACAAUUUUGACACUGUCAACAGGUAAGUAAUCACAAUUUUCACACUGUCAGCAGGUACCAACAGGUACAUAAUCACAACUUUUAACACGGUCAACAGGUAAGUAAUCACAAUUUUGACACUUUUACAAGUGAGUAGCGACAAUUGGAACGUUUGUCAAUGGAUGAGUUAUCUAAAAGUUUACACUGUCUAUACAUCAACAGUUUCAAAGUGGUAAUUUUAUUGAACUUAUUAUUGGUCUAUAUUAUCAUACAUAUUGAUAUAUAUGUACAUGUACUCUGACACGAAAUAGCGCUUUUCACUCAGCUGCAAAUUAAAAUCAAACAUCAUUUUGAUACAGUAUACCCUCCGUGUUUGGUGCAGUGCCUGACGCCAUAGAAUUAUUGUGUUAACUCAGUGGUUCUCAACCUUCCUAAUGCCGCGACCCUUUAUUUAAUACAGCUCCUCAUGUUGUGGCAACCCCAAAUCACAAAAUUAUUUUCAUUCUACUUCAAAACUAUUGAGUAUAUAUGUUUUCUGGUGGUCUAAGGCUACCUCUGGAAAAGGGCCGUUCGAACCCAAGAGGGGUUGCAACCCAUGGGCUGAGAACCGCUGUGUGAACUUGAAGAAUAAUAAUGGUGUUAAUUCAUGCUACAUUCUUUAUUCGGGCGCUGGAUCCAAGGGAAGCUACUUUAACUUGAUUGCACUCCCAAAAUGUAAUUCAUCGGUUUUCUCCCUUUGAGUAGUAUUUUUUAAAAAAUAUAUACCAGUACAUCAAAAUUGAAAUUUUUAAAAAAUAUUGCAUUACAUAAUACAACCUUAAUAGCAACAUGCGUAUGUUACAUACAGAAACGGACUCGGAGAAGAUUAAAAAUCAGUGUUAUCAGAGGAGAUGCUUAAUAUCCAAAAAUUAAUUCUUGCUUACUGAAGACCAUUUUAGUGGAAUUGUUUUAACAAAUAAAUUUAUUACGUAGUUGUGGAAAAUUCUUAGAAACUAUAUUCUCUUCUAUAAAUAAAGAACAAACGUUACAAUACUCUUACAUAUUAGGUGUUUAUUUUGCUUUGUUUGUGUUUUAAAUUUCACUAGCGAAGUGAAGUCGAUGUUGGAGAACUUUCAAAAUUUUUAUGACAGACUUCUUUGACCAUAGUUAUAUUCUACCUAACAAGUCCACACAAAAAUCCAAUGUUCCGAUAUUUCAAAAUGUGAAUAAUGUCAUAAAUUUCUCUCUUCAAAAGGCCGCACUGAAGAAAUAAAACGUUUAGACGCCUUGAUAAAGGUGGUAAAAAGAAGGGCUUAGGAUCAUUUUCAAGGAUAAUUAAUGCUAUCACAUGAUUAAAUUCAAAACUGUUCAAUUUUUUAACCAUGGGUGAUCAUCUUAACUAGAAGUCCUAAAAUGAGAUACGGGUAUCCCCGACAAAUUAUACAGCGGCGUUCGUGACAUUGAAAAUUUCAACAUUAAGAUAAGUUAAGUUAAGUUAAGAUAAGAUAAAAUAAGAUAAGAUAAGAUUCUUUUAUUGGUCCAAAUAAAUGGAAAUGUUUUUGAUUAACAGUUAAAUUUUAGAAAUGGUACAUAUUUUCCUUCCCCGACAAACAUGGACCGGACGGACGAGCACCUGCAAUGUUCGGCAUAACAUCAGGGUUUCUGUGAUUUAGUGCAAUAGGAACUCAUAACCACAGAGUGUUCCAUUAAUUUCCGUCAAAACUAGAUGUCGAAAUCAUUUUGUUACACCAAGGAUGACACGGUGCAACCAAGGCUAAGCACCCCUUCAAAACGAUCCCGUCCAUUUUAAAUCAAGCGCCAUAUCUGCCCAACAAGUUCCUCGCUGCAUUUUUGGGUAAAAAAUUAGCUUUUUUUUUUCUUUCUUUUAAUUAGUCCGUUGUGAUUGUAUCUUAUUUGUUUAUAAAGUGGGUCAUCGAAUGGGAAAUUUUUUUUCUUCAUAAAGUAGGACGGCGAAUGGGACAAUUUUUUUAGUUUAUAAAGAGGCUCACUGAAUGGGUCAUUAAAGAGACUGAUAAAAAACUUUUUAUUAUGUUCCGGUUGUUAAUUUUUUUUUCAUUCUAUUCACAUCACUCUCAAUUUGAGGAAAUCGAUUUUCGAUAAAAUUAAGAAAAUUCAUCGCUUGCUAAUUUCUGUUUAUGAUUGGAUUAAUUUUUUUUUUAUAAGUUCAACGGAAAAUGAGGGUGGGGGUGGAAUUUACAAAGGCGCCCUGUACUCAGAAAGUUGAAGAUUCACUUUUCUGUAAUAUUUAAUUUUCAAAAUCUCGUCAUAAUCUAUUUUUAGAUUCACACACAAAUGUAAGAUUUGUUGUUUUUUUUUUUUUUGUUGUUGUUGUUGUUGUUGUUGUUGUUAUUUUCAAUGUUAUUUUGUUCACUUUGCCCACCCUCACCAAUUUUUCCAAUCAGCCAUGAGGUAGAUCGAAGACAAACAAAAUCACCAGGAUCCAAGAGCAAACAAUGGGUUACCAUGGAAACCAAUCGCGAAAACGAAAGAACCCAACGGUAUAAAUCUCCGAACCGGAACAAGAAGAAAUCUCCAGGACUUAAGUCCACAAAAGCUAAAGAUGCCGAAACGGAAGAAGAGAGGGACUUUCGGGAAAAAUUAGAGAGAGCAACGACACGAGGGGACAAAGGUGUGGGGACCGCGAGGAAAAAAAGAGAGAGAAAACGUGGGGAAGUGAGGCACAAGGUCAAACAGUUUGAGAGACACUCUAUGGUGAGUGUUUGAUAGAUCUAACUAUACACCAAAAAAACAUAUUAAUUCGAUGAUAAUUAGGUUUUCAGUGCAAACUUGAGGGAAUCUUAGAUUAUUACAGAUGGGACAACAUUAAAUAUAUAUAUAUAUAUAUAUACUAUGUCUAGUGAAUUAUAACGCGUCUGUCUCAUCAGAUGAUUCAAUGGUUCUCUGAAUAAUAGUCUCGUAUUUUUUACUCUGUUUUAUUUUGAAGUCUAUUUUACUUGGAUCUUCUACAAUCCUAUGUUAACUUUUAUUUAACGUAAAUACUAUUAAUCUUCUCAGUCCCAUGAUUUGUUCAAACCUACUAUUCUGGUCCCUCUCACCAAAUGCCAGGCUAAACCAGGUCACAGGCAAUCCAGCGACUCCGAAGUCACCAACGAAUUCGCCGCGGCGGAUGACGUCAUCGCAGAGUCAGACACAGAAGGCGAGACCGGGAAGAACAAGUUCACGCCUAAGCAAAAACUGGUCAGCAAAGGUCACAGCGAUACCAGGUAACGGGCCCCCCAAAGGUCACAUCGAGACCAUAUGAUACCAAUGAUAGAACAAGGGGGGGGACUCUAGUGUUUCAGGGGGAGGGGGGGGGGGCUUCAAGGGUGCACUGUCAUUACAGGUCAAAUAUCAAAGAGUGAGACGCAGUCAAAGAGGAUUUAGGUUACUCCUUUCUCCUUGGCGGGAAACUGUAGCAACGGCUGCAGAAUGACGCCGUGUGAUUUGGUUCAUGGAGAAAGAAAGGACAGACGUGAUUAUCCUAUUUUUACUCUGUCCUGGGAUGGAAUCUUAAGUCCACUCCAAGUGUAGAUGAGGUGGACGGAUGUCCUUAUAAUACUAUUUAUCUUAUGGGCAAAUCUUUAUGCUGUGACAAUUCGGUGGCAAAAAAAAAAUAAUUGUUUAGGUAUCUAGUCUUCAUUGUCAUGCCCCCUACAAAUGGUGCUCUGCUAUUUCAUACAUAUUUCAAAAGACAAUCUUCUAUAUUAACUUCGCUUUUGUUCGUGGCCGGUAAAAAUAGUUGGACGCCUAAUCCCCCACAACCUAUCGAGCUGAAACGUGUGACAUCGAUCACUUGCCCACGACAACAGAUUUUUGUUCAACUUUUCAGCCACACCCCCAGCCCCAACCACCAAAAAUCAAGUUGAUCCUAUUUUUAAAGCGGAAAAAGUUGACCGGAAAAAAAAAAAGGAUGAUACUGAUUUCAAGAUACAAAAAAAAAUUUCUGAUCAAUGCUUUAAAUUAGAUAUAUAUAUAUAUUUUUAAAUUUAAAUAUCACAAGUUCAUUUAGUGUGUAAUAUUUACUUUUGUUUUUUCUGAAAUUUUAAAUAGUUUUAUGAAAGAAAUUAGCAAUGUAGAAGCGGGGGGUCAUUAGAAUACUAAUGCAGCACACGGGCAUGAAAGUAUGUGGAUUUGUGAGCCUGGGGGGAGGGAUGGGGGCGAUAAUUGGGGGAGGUGGGGCCACUAAUUGGGGGAGGUGGGGCCACUAAUUGGGGGAGGUGGGGCCACUAAUUGGGGGAGGUGGGGCCACUAAUGGGGGGAGGGGGGGCCACUAAUUGGGGGAGGUGGGGCCACUAAUUGGGAUUCUUAUAAAAUGCGUUACUUGUAUGCAUGUCUUAAUGAAUUUUCAGACCCCCCCCCNGUGGGGCCACUAAUUGGGGGAGGUGGGGCCACUAAUUGGGGGAGGUGGGGCCACUAAUUGGGGGAGGUGGGGCCACUAAUUGGGAUUCUUAUAAAAUGCGUUACUUGUAUGCAUGUCUUAAUGAAUUUUCAGACCCCCCCCCCAAACCACCACCAAUACUCGACAUUACAUUUAUACCAUUUAUAAAAGAAUGUAUACCAGUUGUUGUCGACCUUUCUAAAUGCCGCGACACUUCAAUACGAUUCCUCAGGUUGUGUGUGGCGACCUCCAAACUCAAAAUUAAUUUCGUUUAUACUUUAUAACUGUAAAGUAUAUGUGUUUUCAGAUGGUCUUAGGUAACCCCUGUGAAAGGGUCGGGCGACACCCCCCCCCUUUUCCAAAGGGGUCACGACCCACAGGUGGAGAAUUUUUUCGAAAAACUUCGGUUUUAGGGGUUGGUUAAUAUUUUAAAAAAAAAUAAACAUACUAAAAUGUCUCAUUACUGUUCCUGAGCUAAUCUCUAGUUUUAAAAAUUGCUCAAACUGCAAGUCUUGCGUCUCCAGCCCCAGGUCUGACUCCAGCGGACGCCGUCACCGAGUUGACGCCGGGCGCCGGGACAAGCAGCAGCCCGACCGAGGUCAGGACAACUGGAAGUCGGUCAAGGACAUGCGCACAGCGCUGGCUUUUCUGAACGAGACAGGCAAACACAAGACGGUUGUCCUAAGGCGAGGUCAAGAUGGCAGAUACGUCCUGGAAGAUGACCACAGUCUGGACUUGCCAUGAUUUAAGUGAAGUGGGGGGUU